ACGUCAUCCAAACGUUUUGCAAAACCAAGCUGCGCUUGCUUUAUUAAAAAUUGGAGUUAAAUUGUAAAAUUAUUUACAUAAAACUGCAAUAACAAUGGCUGAAAAACCACCAGAAGAGGGGUAUAUAUCUGUAGUUGAUGAGGAUCCGGAAUUUUUCGCGUUAUUGAAGUGGGAUUCGAAUCAAUCACAUAAACAACAUGAGGUUCGGAGUUUGGAAAGAGCAAAAAGUCCUGAGAAAACUAUGCCACAAGCGAGAGAUGAAGAAGAUCCGUUUGAUUUGAAUGAUCCCGCUUUUAUUGAGGCAUAUCGCGUUCCAAAAGAUAUAGCGCGAAGUCUUUGUGAAGAAUUGAAGCCAGUAAUGCCCGAUUCUAUUAAAUCUAUUGAGUUUUCCGUGGAGAGCAAGGUUCUAGCAACCCUUUCCUUCUAUGCUACAGGAAAAUAUCAAAAGUCAAUUGCGGGUAAAACAGACCCAACCGUGACACAGUAUUUUGUAGCCACCGCAGUAACUCAAGUCACAGAGGCUUUGAAUCAUCCAACUAUUGUGAAGAAAUACAUACAUUUUCCACAUCUGAGAAAUGAAAGAGAAGUUAUUAAAAGCAGGUUCUACAUGAAGUAUAGGAUACCAAAUGUAGUGGGGUGUGUGGACUGCAUGCAUGUGCCGAUCGCUCGCCCAGACCAGGAGGACCACAAACGGCACUUCAAUAAGUCUUAUCAUUCUAAAAAAGUACAAAUUAUAUGCGACAGUGACCAAAAUAUAAUAAGCGUAGACGCAUCACCGGGUGGCUCGUUGUCACACGAUGCCAUUUUGAAUAAACACGCAGUUAGGAAUGAUCUGGAGAGCCUUAAUCUUUCAAGGGCUGUGUGCUGGCUUAUUGGUGGUCCACAUUACACUGUAAAACGGUACCUAAUGACGCCGCUACCGAAAAUAACCAAAAAGACGCCAAUAUCACCAGAAAAGUACUACACGGACUUACACACGCAAACACACACAGCCGUCACAGAUACAAUCAAACAGUUGAAAUCACGGUGGAAAUGCUUACAAGCUACUUGUAACAAGCAGUUUGAUCCAGAAACAGUAUCUAUGAUCAUCGUAGCGUGUUGCGUCUUGCACAACAUUUGCAAUAAGAGAGGUUUAGCCGCACCACAAAUGGGGCAAGCUGAAGAGAGAUUAGAAGUCAUGAAGCAGAAGGUCGCAAACGCACCGAUAUCGAAGAAAAAAGUAGAGGAUCCAAACGGAAUAGCAGCUAGGAACUUGUUAAUAGAGAGACUAUGGAAUGAACGAACCGUAGCUGAUUGUGCUCCUCCGAAAAAGAGAAUGGCCAGGAAGGAGAGGGAAACUCAGCCGAUGCAGAUGCCGCAGCAAAUGCAAGAGGACCCCAGUAAGAGGGCCAGGAUUAUGAUGAAUAAUCCGUACAGCUUGGGAGUGGGGAUGGCGCCCGGGUGGGGACAUUAUCCACAACACUGAGUUUAGAAAUAAUAAUAUACUGAUUGUAUAAAAUUGAAGAUGUAGUAGAAGAGAAGAAGUAGUUGCGGGUUCGAAUCGGCUAUAAUAUGACAUUGCUGUGACUAAUCUGAGCAGAGCAUCAGUCAAUAUUAGCCUACUGGCAAAUAACUUUGCCUGAUUAAUUGUGAUUUACCAUUU